AUGUCUCUUAAUUGGGUUAUGCUCUCGAGCAAAGAGGGCUUCGUCCGCCUUCCGAACGAACACAUCAUCUAUACCUCUCCGCCACGCACAGCACUAUCACUCAAACCUCCCAAUUCCUGGAAAGGGAGGGAAGAUUUCUCAAUAACUAGCAGCUCUGGCUGUCUGUAUCUCACAAAUCAAAGAAUCGUUUAUCUUCCAUCGCAACCGAACGAACGAAUGCAAUCAUUCACGGUUCCUCUCCUGAACCUUCACGAUAGCCACGUAUCUGCACCCUGGUUUGGGCCGAAUGCAUGGACUGUCCUAGUACAGCCUGUAUCUGGAGGAGGUAUACCCGCAUCAUUACAGCUAGUGGAACUCAAGGUCACAUUCAAUGAAGGAGGAGCCUUUGAUUUCCACUCCAACUUUGAACGUAUCAAAGAACGACUUCAGCAAGCCGUCGAACAUGCUAGAGACAGUGACUCGGCGUCUGUUCAGGCUCAAACUAGCCGGGGUGUUAAUUUUACUAACGUACAUCUUGAUGAACUCCCUGCUUACGAUGGCCCAAAUGCCUCCAGUGUCAGUCCAAAUCAACCGAUUAAUGCGGCUGUCGAACCACCCGGCAGAGAAACUGCAAAUACAACCUCUCCUGCUCCUGUGGAGCCUCCACCAGGAUAUGAAGAAGUGCAACAGCAGAGUGUAGCGGAAGAACUAGAAGAGCAGCUACGGAGGGCAUGUUAA